GCCGCCGCGGCGCGAGCAGCAGCUGCCGCGCGGGGAGCGCGUUGCGCCCGUGCCUCUCUCCCGCUCGGGAUGCACUGAGCCGCGCUGGCGCCUCGCGCCCCGUCGGAUCCCGCCCUCACCGGGUCCCGAGUCGUCGGGUCGGGCCGGGCCGGGCUCCAAUCUGACGCACACUGUCCGGGGCCGAGAGCAGCGCCGGGGAGAUGUCCGGCGGCCGGAGGAGGGGCAGCGCCCCCUGGCACAGCUUUUCUCGGUUCUUCGCUCCCCGAAGCCUUUCCCGGGACAAGGAAGAGGAAGAGGAGAAGCCAGGAACAGCCCAGCCGUCCGCUGCCGGUCGGGGCGCUGCCAGUACUGAAAAUGAGCCCACGAGUGCAACUCAGAAAAAAGAAAAUGUACUUUCAUCAGAAGCAGUAAAGAUUUCCCAAAGUGAGGACAAAAGGAACCAUGCUGAGAAACCAACUGGCCUUUCAACACAGGAAGAUUCCAAAAAGACAAAUGAUUUUUCCAGUUCUACUUCAGAAACCAGAACAGGAGAAGGUGACAAACAGCCAAAAGAAAGCUUCUUUCAGUUUCUUGGUAACUUAUUCAGUGUCUCAGGAAAGUCAUCUCUUAGUGAAGCCAAACAAUCUUCUUUCAAAGAGGACCAUGAUAAAAUUGAGAAAGACUUACCAACCACCAGUGACCAACAUAAAGAAGGGACCAGAAGGGAGAGGGAGUUUGCACGUGGUUCCCCGGGAUCCCAGGCACUUCCAACAGAAGAACAAGAAUCAAACUCCAGUGAGCUCUCAGAUGCGGUUUCUUUGGAUACCACACAAGACAGUGAGCAGGAAGCCAGUGAUGGAUCACAACAAAUUGAUGAUCAACCCUUCAGUAGGCCUUCAGUAACAUAUGCAACUUAUAGAGGCCCCCAACACAUUAGGAAAUAUUUAAAACAACAGACUAUAUUGGAAACUGUGAAUCCACUGGACAGGGAAAAUGAAAGUUCUGACUCAAGUACAAACACGCGUGUUGGUGGUUGGAGUGAGACUGAAGCUGGGACGGCGCCAUCACUGUCAACGAGCACAAGCAUUUCUACAGAAGGAUAUUUGGAAGCCUCUACCUGUAGCAGGAUAAGUGCCAAUACAGAAAACCAGCUGACAAACAGUUUAGAACUGCAGGAAACUGUUUCUUCUAAGCAUGUUUUAAAUAAAAAUGAUCCCGGGAGACUUGAGAAACGUCAGGUACCUCCUUCUGCUGUGGCUAACUCCGGAUGUGCUGUUGGAGAGUCUAACUCCCAGGGACUCCUAAGUUGUAUAUCCAUUUCUCAGACUGACGGACAAAGUUCUACACAGCUUACAGGAAAAGAAAACAGCGAAGUCACUUGCAGUCCAGAUUUUCAAGGGAAGACUACCAUAGGAAAUACGGUCAAGGAAACCAGCUCUCUGAUGAGUGGUGGGACCUCAGAGAAGGGAGAACAGGUUGAGCCUCAGAAACCUGCUGUUUCUGAUUUUUCCGGUAGUGAAUUUCCUGGGAGCAAUGCUGCCAAGCAAGGACAUUCAGACUUGCCAAGUCCUAACAGAUUAAUGAGGCAUGAAGAUCUGCACUUGCCAGAGAGUAAGUGUUCCGACAAGCAACCUGUAGACAACUCAUCAGAGCAAGCUGCCAAUCACACCAGCCCCGUUGCUCCUCAGGGACAUGCCGUGACAGACACAGAGCUUGUUGGUGAAGAAAAGACAUUAUCCUCCCAAGACUCAGAGAAAAAUCUGGCUGUUACAGAAAUCGGGCAAAAAUCAGAAAGUGCCUCAGCUGGUGAACCCACAACUUCAAGUCAUGCAAAAGUUCCAGAAGACAGAGUUAAAUCAUUUCCUGAAGGUCCUCCUCAGUUGUUUGAAGCAGAAGCCAAAAAGUCUGCUGUUAGGCCCUUGGGCAGCACUCCUCAGGUGAGAGCAAACCAAAAGGACCCUGCCUCUGUAAAAUGCAGCACUGACUCAGAAAGUGUAGCAUGCUUGGAAAUAGUGCCUGAAUUAGAUUUAGGACCUAAUAAAAAUCACCUUUCAGAAUCACCUCCUGACUCUGAGAGUCCCCAACAAACCAAAAUAUCACCUGAUGUUAAGACAUCUGUUUCCCUCAAUCGUGGAGAAUCAAAGGACACUACUUCACCCCCUACCUUUGUUUCUGGAGCUGAUGUGCUGAACACAUUGGCCGUCUCUGCUUUAAAGAAUGAGCACGCUGAAACUGGAGGUGAAAACAUUGCUGGUGUUUCCUGUCAGCCUAACAAGAAUCGAGAGGAAAGCAAAGCAGAUCAUGUUGAGUUUGCAAACAAGAAAACAUCUUUGGUUCUGGAAUCCAAGGAAGUUCUUCGUGAUGCAUGCAGGCUUCCUCAGGGUCUCAAAGCUGGUGACACUCAAUUACGGGAGGUGGAUUCAUUGAACCAACUUGAGUCUGGAAGCCUCCCUGGGCAUCGCUGCUCUGUUUCACCUAAGAAAGCAGAAUCAAAGCCUUCAGACACUAAAGCAAUUCAGGGCAUAACAGAGACCUCAGAUUCCUUGGAAACCAAAAGUGAUAAUAUUUCCAAAGUAUUCUCAAAAGCUGAAGUUCAAGAUCAGAACAGCAUUCCUCUUGAGUCACAUUCUGGAAGAGGAAAAACAGUAGCCUUGACUAAGAUAGCUGUUUCUGAAACAGAGUCCAGGGACAUUUUUCAGGGCAGGCUUCCUUUUUUUCCAUUUGAAAUUACAGAUACGCCUGCAAAGCAUAACUUAUCAAAAUUAACUUCUGCAGAGGCUGAACAGGAAAAAAGCCCUCAACCUGUGGAUCCCAGGCUCGAAGAGAAAUGUGCAGAUGCUGACCUUAAAGAGAAGGACCACGCUGAAGAGUCUCCUGCCUCCAAACAUCAAGGUGUGCAAGACAUAGAGACAGACCCCUUAGGUGACCAUCCUUCUGCUUGUGGGGAGAAAGUCACCAGGCGAAUGGCCCAGAAUCGUGAAGCCGACACUGGUGCGAUUCAUCAGGUUCUGGGUCUCAGCAGGGGUAAAAAGACAUCGGGUCUGUCAGAAAUGGCACAUCUCAGCUCAGCGAUUUCCUGCAAAUUCCAAGAAACUGACAGCACCAAAGCAAAUUCAUUCUUUCUAAGUUCUGAUGUGAAGUUGGAAAAAGAUGUCUGUGCAUGUGAGGAUUCAGAUCUUCCUAACGCCCCUUCUGUUCUGAGGUCAGAAAAGAGGGAGGACACUCGGUUUCUAAGUGAAGCCGUCAACAGUGUGUCUUCUUCCUCUCGUCACUGUGGAGGGGUUAUCAAGGUGAUGCAUUCACAUCAUCCUCCAAAUAAUUUUGAUUCUGGAAAAGCUUCCACAGACUUCACAGGGGAAAGUGCUGCCUUAACCAACCCGCUGCGCCCUGAUAACACUCUUUUGGAACUUGAAACACCUGUCUCGAUAGAAGCAGCAGUGACUCCAUGUCAGGAACAUUUGGGGAUUUGUACUGGGGAAAUAUCCCUUGAUUUUCCAAGCACUUCCCAGUUGGCUGGUCCUAUGGAAGCGGAGCCUGGAGCAGUUGCUGGGGCUCCAGUGUCAGUUAACAGCCCAAGCCAGCCGUGUUCUGAAGCCUCCGCUGAGCAUGUAGAAGCAGGGAGAAGAACAUGUGACCGAUUUUUGGAGAGUGCUUUACUCAAAAAGGCUGAUACACUGAUUGGUGAGGUUUUUAGUUCUGUCCGAGAAGAACUGAAAUCCAAAACCUGCCAGCAGCAUAAAGCCUUCAGUGGCACAAUGAAUACAGGUACCCUGACAGAAGACACCCCCGAGAACAAUCCAGCAGGGGAGAUGCUAGCAAGGGCACAGCGGGCAGAGUACUUGGAAGAACAGGGCAUGGAAAUCUUGUCAAAUGUCCUGGAAGAAGAGGCAGCCCGUGUUUCACCUGCAGUUGGUGAGAGGAAUCUCCUUCCUGGUUCAGAUAGAACAGAUACAUCUUCUUUGUUAGAAGAGAGAGCCAGGGAGUUAGUCAAUGAGGUUAUUUUUGCAGCCAAAGAAAAUUUGGCAAAUGCUGCUUUUGAACAGGUUAAGGAUGCCUGGGGUUCUGAACUUCAGGCUGACACUUCAAAAAUUCUGAAUAGUGAUGGUGUUAAGCCACAUGAUCCAGUUAGGGAGUUCUUGAUGUCCGGACAGGCAGCAAGUCAAAGCACACAUGAAAUUAGUGAAAAUAAAUUAUUAAGUCAAUUUUUUUCCGUGAGUAAUUUAGUUAGUGGCUCAGAGUCAAUAAAAGGAAGAGAAAUUAUUCUCUACCAAAAAUCUCCAUUUUCCAGAACUGGAGCUGGACAGUCUGGCAGUAUAAAUUUACAGGAGUCAGAUACAGUUUCACCACCUGAAGAUACGUCUCAUAAAGGAUUAGAUGGUAGGGUAAAAACAAAUGUGCUGCUCCGUGAGGACUAUACAAAAACAGCAGAAAUAGAGUGUGGGAAUGAUCACCAAACCUGGGCAGAAGAUAGAACUCUUGUAUUAACUUUUGAAGGGCCCUCACCAGCGAAUGAUGACAUCCAUGUACCUGGUACCUCCAAAGGCAGCUUAUCUGAUAGCCUUGUGUGUUUAUCUGAGAACAGCCUGCCGGGAUACAGUAAAGGCAAACCCCUCGCAAUGUCAGGAACUGGGAAAGUGCCCAAAAAGGAUAAUGAAGUCAAUAUAGGAAGCCUCAAGCUUGCACCUUCCACGAUAGCAAUAGGGAACAUUGACAAAAAGAAUGCCGAGUUGGAUAUUAUGAAAUAUGAAGCCAUCCCUUCCAUGUUAGAAAUGGUACAAGAAUGUAAAACAGAUUCUGUAACAACAAUCACAAACAUGGAACCCAGAGCUGAUAUUUUUAAAAUGGGAGAACUGAAAAAUCAGAAGGAUGCUGAAAGGUGUGUUGAAAAAACUGACGGAGUAACCGUCUCUUUAGCAAUGGGAAAAGCAGGUAUGACGGGGGAUCCUGAAGGGGAUGCUGGCAAAACGGAGGUGGUACCUGUUAUGCCAGAAGUGAAAAAUGCCCACCAAAAGGAUGCUGAAGGGGACAUUGCAAAAGCUGAGGUGACAGCUGUUACAUUAGAAGUGGAAAGCAUUUGCCAGAAGCAUGCUGAAGGGGAUGUGGGCAAGACUGCAGAGGUGGAAAACACCUGCCAGAGGGACAGUGUGGGGACUGAAAAGACCGAAGUGGCACCUGUUACGUUAGAAAUGGAAGGCACUUACCAAAAGGGUGAGGAAGGAGAAAUUGCCAAGACUGAAGUGGGACCUGUUGAAUUAGAGGUGCAAAGUAUCUACGCAAAGGAUGUAGAAGGAGAUGGUGAUGAAAUGGAAAGGAGACCCAUUAUGUUAGAAGCAGUGAAUGCUUAUCACAAAGAUGCCAGAGGGAUUUCUGCAAAGACAGACAGGCCUGUUUUGGAAGCUGUUUGCCAGAAGGAAGCUGAAGAGAUGAUUAGUAAUGUUGAAAUGGCACCUUUUGUGUCAGAAGUGAAAGAGGCUUACAAGAAGGCAGCACCUUCCACCUUACAAAUGGAAAAGGCACACAAAAGGGAUGCUAAGCAGACUCUUAGAACAGUCACAUCCUUGCCUUCCAUGAUAGAAAUGGAAAGAACAUCCCCAAAAGAUUCUGAUGGAAAUGCUGGCCAACAUGAAGUAUUUUCCACUGUUGUAGAUACUAAAAAGGUCUUUGGAACAGCACUGGAAAUGGCUAUUCCACAAGUGGAAACCAUGCCUCCUAUGUUUGAAAUUGCAGAAGAACCCCAAGUGUGUGCCAAAAGGAAUGUUGGAGAAAUAGAAGAAGAGGCCAUUGAAAAAAAGGAAGGUUUCAUAGUCCAUGACCACAAAGUCGCUUCACAUUUCAGGGGCUAUGAGUCACCUACAUUAAGUAAGGAUUAUGAGGGCUAUCCUGCCUUGGCCAUGCCAGCUUUUCAGCUUGAAGACACCACAGUGAGGCUAGACCAAAGCAUGCCUGUUACUGUCGUAUAUGACCAAUGUAGAGACCUGGGUUAUAAUGAUAACAAAGAACAGUCAAAUUUAGCCUUUGUUUCUCAAGAUGAACAAGAAAAUUCUUCGUUUACUAUAUUGUAUGAUGAGCCCCUUCAGGACGAAGACAGGUAUGUCUGUGCGGAAGUGAGAGCACCGUCUUUCUUGUUUCCUGAGGAGUCACCUGGCAGAGGGCCUGUAUUGACAUGCGAGAGGUCAGAGAGCAGAACUGACCUUGUCCACCAUUUUGAAAAAGGCACUAAAUCGGAUGAGAGGUCCGAUAGUGAUAGUUCAGAGGUAUUCUUAGCUGUGGAGGCCAAAAGAUACAAAAUUUACCCUUUAGCUCUGUCUCCCAUCUAUGAGGAUGACAGCUCCCAGGAGGAAAUCUUGUCGAAUGAGGUGUCACCUGGUCACCAUGGCUCCUCAAAAUCCAGAGAGAGUGCCAACCAGUCGUCCUCCGUGUUAUCACUGCUCCAGUCGGUGUCCGAGCGACUGAAGAUGAAUUUUGAUGAAGAUGAUGGCCAGCCAGCAGAGGAGGAGGAAGAAACAUUGCAUAAAGGAAGUCUGAGAACUGAAAGGAGGGAGCCAGUGACCUUGGAGUUACCAGAUCCUUCCAUCACGUUUUACUCUGAUGAUGAUGACCAGGAAAGCAGCAGAAUUCCCAAGAAUUCAUAUAUGUUACCAGAUGAACCUACUACCUCCAAUCUGCAAAUUGGUUUGUGGCCAGAAAAGACUACAUUUCUACAAAAAUCUGACCUUACUUCUAAGCUACAUUCUUCUUUAAAGAGUGCCUAUCAUCAGUAUUUGCAGGCUUCCAAAACUCACUCCUCAGAAAAAGGAGCCAGAUUCGGUGGGAUAUUACAGGAGCCAGUGUCAAAGUUUUUCCGUGUUCAAGACAGCCAAGGCAGAUUGAACCCUUUCCUAGAGAAUGUUGACAAACAAGUUCUGAGAUGUAACCCAAGACCUGGGAAGAUGGUUAUCUACGAUCUCCAUGGAAGUAAAUACAAGCAAGAGAUCUACUGUAAUAUUCCUGAUGCUACAUCUUGGUCCUUUCCAAAUGGAGUACUCAUAAAAGUUGUAAGAGGCUGCUGGAUUUUAUAUGAGAAACCACAUUUUCAAGGUCAGAAAUGUGUGUUGGAAGAAGGGGAAAAGGUAUUAAAUCAUGACUGGAUUCUCCAGAACAGAAAACAUCCACAAAGAAAUGUGUUGGGUUCGAUCAGACGCGUCUUAAAGGAUUGCAGCAUUCCAGAGAUAGAACUUUGUUCACAGUCUGACCCAGCAUGCUGUCCUGUCUUCAUCCAGCGAGCUGUCCCCAAUUUGGAAGAAUUAAAUAUCCCCAAAUCCAUGUCCUUCACUGUGAAGUCAGGAGUUUGGCUUGCCUACCCAAAUAUUAAUUUUAAGGGGCGAGCUACUGUUCUGGAAGAAAACUGUGGGCUUUUUGAGAUUUCUGCCACCGAUGUGAAAUCAUUACAUCCUCUUCAAAUGGGUGGACUAAAAGUGGAAAUGCCUAUGAACUUGAAGGUUAUUAUUUAUGAAAAACCUCACUUCCAUGGAAAAUACAAAGAAUUUAGUGAACACAUAGAUUCUGUCCCUAAUUUUUUAAAAGAUGAUGACUUUCAUGGAAUUGGAUCAAUUCGUGUCAUCGGUGGAGUGUGGGUUGCCUAUGAAAAAGAACAUUUUAAAGGGCAACAGUUCCUGCUCGAAGAAGGAGACUUUGAAGACAGUAGUACCUAUGGGGCACUAAGCACUCCCAUCAUGUCUUUCCGGUACUUGCAAGCUAAUUUUAUAGAAUCUUUCAUCACACUGUUUGAUUCUGACCUAGAAAGUGGGAAGUUUAUUGACAUUACAAAUCAGGAAAUUCCUGACUUAGAAGAAAUUGGCUUUGGCAGUGAAACAAGAUCCAUUCAUGUUAAAAGUGGAGUAUGGGUUGCCUACCAGCAGAAAUUCUUUUGUGGAGAACAAUACAUUUUAGAGAAAGGCAAAUAUAAAUGCUUUUUUGACUGGGGAGGAUCAAGUAAUACAAUCAUGUCAAUACGACCUGUCCAGCUGGAACCACUUGGGAUAAAUGAACCUCCACAUUUGCUCAAAGCAUUCAGUAAACCAGGAUUCCAAGGUGAAUGCGUAGAUGUUACAAAUGAAAUUUCUGAUUUGACUUCAUUCACACCGUGUUCUUUCAAAGUUCUUCGGGGUUGUUGGAUCCUGUAUUACCAAGAGGACGUGUGUGAUCAUCAGUGUGUGUUGGAAGAAGGUCUCUAUGCUGACCUUACCUCCUGCGGGUGCCCAACCUCAAAAGUCAAAUCCCUCAAGCCCAUUGACUACGUUUUUGAAGAGCCCUCCAUCAGCCUCUUUGCACUGGAACAUUGUGAAGGAAGAGAGUUACAUCUCGAAGAGGCUGUGAAUUCUGUCCUGAACAAAGACUUGCACUUCUACACCCAGUCUGUCUGGGUAAAAAGUGGGCUAUGGAUAGCUUACGAAGGAUCCAAUUUCUUGGGAAGACAAAUCCUACUUGAGCCUAAUGAGAUCCCAAACUGGACAGCAUUCAGUGGAUGGAAAACAAUCGGUUCCCUGCGUCCUAUGAAACAGCCUGCUGUGUACAUCAGAAUAAAGAACCGAGCCCAGGACGAGUAUCUGACAGUCACUGGAACUAUCUCUGACAUGAGAGCAACAUCUGUGUGCAUUUCCCCCUACAGUGGAAAGAACACUCAGAUCUGGCACUACUGUCGAGGACUCUUUAAAUCCAAGGCCAAUGAUACAUGUCUUGAUGUGAUUGGUGGCCGGGACACACCUGGAGCUAAGGUGGCCUUAUGGACUGAACAUGGGCAGUUGAGGCAGAAGUGGAGACUGAACAAAGAUGGAACCAUCAGCUCUUAUCUCAGUGAUCAGCUGGUCCUUGAUGUUAAAGUAGGAAAUUAUUGUGACAAGACUCAUGUCAUUGUAAACCAGUUCUUGGAGGGAGAAGCAACGCAGAAAUGGGACAUUGAAAUCUUGUGAGAGAAUCUCCACCGUUGUUAGGAGCAAAAGAAGGAAGCUCACCGCCCGUGCCAUGUGCAUCUGUGCAGGAAGCUGCUGUCUGCACUCUCCCACCAGGAUCACCGAGCUGAAUAAACUCACCCCAUGCUCCAAGACUGUUGCUCUUAACCAUGGAAAAGCUUCA